AAUCGUCUCUCCGUCGCGCGCCCGCAAUUCCAAGAAUUCUUCAAUGUCGUAGUCUUUAACUUAUAUGCAGACAAUCCGCCUGUAUGUCCUUUCGGUAAAGGACAAAUUCGUUUUGCGGACGAGCAAUUCCUUGCGAGUAGCUCGUCCAGUGGCGAACACAGGGUUGCCUUCGUUUAUCUCGUCCUAGUGCGCCAGUAUUGCACGGAUGACCGUCUAUACUCAGGUGAAUCCACGCUGAGUUCUACUGUAGCCGAUUUAAAAAUCGAUAAUAUUCCAAGGGCACCGGGUUGA